AUGAAUAGCCAUCUAAUGAAGGAUAUUUGUGAGAAACUCAAGAUCACUCAUCUAAACUCGAUAGCUUAUCAGCAACAAAUGAAUGGAGUCGUAGAAGUAGCAAACAAGAAUAUCAAGAGGAUAUUGAGGAAAAUGAUCGAUAAUUACAAAGUUGAGAUACCUUCUAUGAGAAUCAUUCAAGAAGCUGAGCUGGAUAAUGCUGAAUGGGUCCUAGCACGAUACGAACAGUUGGCCUUAAUCGACGUGAAAAUGAUGGUUUCCAUAUGCCACGGUCAAUUAUACUGCCAAAGGAUGGCAAGAUCCUUCAAUAAACGAGUUAGGGCUCGACUUUUCCAGAUCGAGCAAAUGGUGCUCAAGCGAAUUGUCCCACACCAAGAUGAAUACAAAGGAAAGUUCGCUCCCAACUGGCAAGGUCCUUAUGUGGUCCGCAAAGUACUCUCCGAAAGAGCGGUAGUACUAGCGGAAAUGGAUAGAUAA